AAUUAGGAUUGUCAGUCAAAUUACAAACAUUUUUUUGGAAAAUUUUUGCGAUUUUUCUCGGUUAUUAGACGAUAUUUGCGGCGUAAAUUAGUAGCAACGAUCAGAAUUAGCACAAGAUUUUAUUGUUGAUACAAGGACGAGCCCAAUCUCGAAUCUAGUACUGAGAUCACGUAAAAUGUACUCGUAGACAACGUAGUCACCUUGGUCAUUGUUCGACAGAGCGAAAAAAUAAAGAAAGGCUGAAGUAGAAAAAGCACAUACACCUGUAUUCAUUAAUUUUUAUACUCAAGCUCGCAGUGGAUAAGCUUGAAUCAAUCUGUUCGCGAUAUUGUAGUCAGAUUACUGGGUGGUUCAAACUCUUGGUAAUGGAAUUGCAACAGCACCAACGCAAACAAACUCCGACAUCUUCAUCCUCAUCUGGUGCUUCACCAGGAAACCUAGUAGGCAGUGCAGGCACAAGCAAUAAAAACGACUACGACAGCUCGCACAGCAGUAGCAACACGGAGGACUAUACGGAAACUGACGAAAGGCGCCGUCGGAUCAUGAAAAACCGGGCAAGGAAUAAUCGCUUAAUGCAACAGCAAGCACAACAGCAGAGUACGGUUGUUCUAGGAAAGCCGUCGUCAACACUGAAGAAACAGUUGGACGGCGAGGAUCGCAUCACUUUAGUUGUAGACAAUACAACCUUCUCAAUUAACCCAUCGUUGUUCACCGCACAUCCAAACACAAUGCUUGGACGCAUGUUUAGCUCGGGUAUGGAAUUCACCCAUCCGAAUGAUCGUGGCGAGUACGAAGUGGCGGACGGCAUUUCUCACACUGUAUUCAGAGCCAUACUUGAAUACUAUCGGAACGGAAUCAUCCGGUGCCCUCCAACAGUUUCCGUGCAGGAGCUGCGUGAGGCAUGCGAUUACUUGUUGAUUCCAUUUACAGCCGAUACUAUUCGCUGUCAGAAUCUGCGAGGUCUGUUACACGAGUUGAGCAAUGAGGGAGCUCGCGAACAGUUUGAAGUGUUCCUCGAGUCGUUGAUAUUACCCUUGAUGGUAGCUUCGGCAGAACGUGGGGACCGCGAGUGUCAUGUAGUGGUGCUCUCUGAUGAUGACGUUGUCGACUGGGAUGAAGAAUACCCUCCUCAGAUGGGCGAGGAGUACUGCCAAACCGUAUCCAGCACAGCGAUGUAUCGCUUCUUCAAAUACAUAGAGAACCGAGAUGUUGCCAAGCAAGUGUUGAAGGACCGGGGCUUGAAAAAAAUCCGUCUUGGCAUUGAAGGCUAUCCAACCUACAAGGAGAAAAUAAGGAAGCGAGCCAGUGGUCGGGUAGAAGUGAUCUAUAAUUACCUACAACGUCCAUUUAUACACAUGUCAUGGGAAAAAGAGGAGGCAAAGAGCCGACACGUUGAUUUUCAGUGUGUUAAAUCUAAGUCGGUAACUAAUCUGGCUGAGGCAACGGCUGAUCCUGCACUAGAACUAGAUUCCGGCGGAAAUCCCCUGCCACAGCGUCAUUUCGAUAUUUCCAAUGAACCGGAUGUAGAUGCCAUUCGCCCAAUUGUUGCGGCGGCUAUUGCUAUUGACGGUGAAGAAGGCGCAAUUGGUGGAAUGGUCAAUCCGGAGGAAAUUGCUGGAUCUGAUGAUGCACAGUAAUCCUCAACUUGCGGCUGCACUACGUUCAUGUUCGAAAAAAAACUAUAUUCUGUUAUACUGAUAUAUACGCCACUAUUAGAAAUCUACCACUGCAUAACUGUAGUAGGUUUUUUUGCAUAUUUCGCUACAUUUUAUGCACGUGACUAAAGCACGCAUGCAAUGAUGAGGAAAAUAUCUUUUUCGAUUGCUUUUCGAUCGUUCAGAUAUAUUGAUAAAGUUUUAAGUUCGACAAAUUACAACUGAAAGGAACGAACGCUAUGAGAAAGAAAGAUGGAUGUUAAUUCUAAAUCGAUUGAUUUUUUUUUAAAUUUUGACUCCAGUCUUGUCCAGUUUAUAUUAAUCCAUCCACCUUUCGUUAGCACAACUUUCGCUUCUUAUAGUUGUUACUUGAAAUUAGAAAUAAUGGAAAGGAGCAUAAUCUUUUCUCAUGGCUUUUUGUUAUUCCUUAGAUGUACUGUUAAUGCUUUGAUAAUUAUCGAAGUGGAAAAUGCCAACGAGUGUGAUUUAAAAAACGUGCUUCAGAUUUUGUCAUACUAAUUUAUAUCAACAUGAAUCAACAAUGUACAGGCUAAACUCCUAUUCAAUACUUUGUACCGCGACUAUAACAGAAAUCCUCGUUUAUCCUCGAUAUAUUUUUUAACUUUGUAAUAUUACUAUUUCUCGCCAAGCGUAAACAUCAAUAAAUUGUGUAAUUAAAAGAA